ACAAAACUUCUAUCAGUAGAGAUGUAGAAACAACUUUUUUCAGCAAUUUUCUCUUUUUAACGACUUCGAAUUUAGAUUCUAUCUCCAAUCGGUUUAAUAGUGAUGUAGACUCACGUUUUAACGUUUCACACAGGGGUAAAUAGUGUGGUAUAUUUGUUGCUGUAACUUAUAGUGUGAACCACUUUAAUGUGAAUGCCUGCGUUCAGAUCGUAAUCCAGUCUGAGUUGGAUUUGAACGAAAAUCAUCUCAAAAUGUCAGGUGGGGACUCUGUCCCUCUUCAGAAUAUUUCUAAAGGAAUUACUCAGUCUAUAAAGGAUUAUAUGAAUAAUUAUGAAAAUGAAGACUUGGACAUCAACAUUGAAGGUGAAAGCUUCAAAUGCAACAGUUUUAUGCUUGCGUCUUGUUCCAAGUAUUUCAGAAGCUUACUCCGACCUAAUAGCAAAGAGAAGGUAGAAAAGGCAAUUAACUUACAGAACAUCCCCUUGAAUAUUUUUCAGCUGAUUCUCAAAACUCUAUACACCGGAUGUGACUUGUUAACUAAAGACAAUGUCUUGGAAGUCUGGUCUGCAGUUCAUCAGCUUCAAAUUGAUUUCUUAGUUCAGCAUUGUGAAGACUUUACCUUGGAAAAUAUUUCUCUGGAAACUUUGGAAAUUUACAAGAAAAAAGCAGAGAUCCUUCAAUCCAAGAGAGUUUCGGAAGGAAUUUUCAAAUACAUGCUUGAACACUUUAUGACUCUCAGAAGCACUGAGGCAUUUUUGAGAUUAGAGUUUGAGGACCUUCUAAAACUUAUCGAUAGUAACGGUCUGGUUGUUACAUCUGAAGAUCUAGUGUUACACUCCGUCUACGAAUGGAUCAAAUUCGGAGAAAUAUUGACUUCAACUGUCAGGAACGAUAAUUCUAGCGUAACAACGUCACCUAAAGACAUAUCUGUAACAGAGGUUAUUGCCCAUGCGCCUAAACUCGAGGAUUUGUGUCAAGACAAAAAAGCUAUAAAUGUGUCAGCUGGAAAUGUGAAUGAACUCAAGGAGGCCACUGAAGAAUGUAAAUUGAUCGAUGCGUCAAACAGUUUUUUGACCCAGACUAGUGUCAUCUCAUCUGCAAACCAAAAAGAAGGAGCCCCAUCAGCACCAACGCAUCAAAUAGAGAACCAAAGAAAUGUUCAUCUACUUCCGCUGUUGAAGGCUUCCAGAUAUUUCUUGCUCUCUGAAGCUUCUAUUGCGAAUCUCUAUCGAAAAAAGGAGAUUCAAAACAACACGCAGAUCAUACAAUUUCUGUUUGAAUCUUUGGCAUUUAAGAAAUCCCUACACAUCAACGGAUAUUUACCAACUGCUGCUUUUCACCGCGAUUGUAGUCCUUUUGAGAAUGUAGGUGUCGUCUGCAGUGGCAAUAAAAUUGUGGCCUAUUCUUUCGCCCAAGACAGUUUGUUACAGUACGUUAGAAAUGCAGACGUGAUCAUAAUGAAUUUACAAAUACUGAACAAUCAACUCUACGUGCUCGCUAACUACAUGAGUACUAGUGAGAUGUUUUGUUUCGGAAACCAAAUUUCCGUAAGUGUUUUGAAAAUGGCGGAACACACAUGUUUCUCUUUGCAACACGAUUGUAGUAUAUACAUCAUCACAACGCCGAACUCUUUGGUAUAUAGGUAUCAACCCAUUUCAACAGGUUGUAAAGUUGACGUUGAUAUAGGACCAGUCGAUUUCGCUAUCAGUUUUUACCAGGACAUUCUUCUUUUUAAGAAGGAAACAUUGAAGACAAAAGUUCGUUGCUGGGAUACAGACAAGAACAGCUUGUCCCAUUUAAUUGACCUGGAGUUCUCAGCCAAUUGUAUGACAAGUUUCACUGACGACAGAGCCACCUACAUCUUAGAUAGACUCGGGCGCCUCUACGAAGUGAAACAAUAUGAAACUAUUCAGUUCACCUUUAUAGAAAGACUGUGGAGUUUUAGUUGUAAAGAGAUAAAUGGCUCAGUGCUGUUUCGGAACAAUCUAAUUGUCUGUGGGAGAUUCCCAGAAGAGGAAAGAGAUAUCAACAAAAAACCUGGCCCUUUCUCCUCUUUAAGUUUUCUGGAAAUUCCCGAUGUCAACUGGUCUUCAAAUUUUAUUACUUUCGCUGUUUCGAAGAGGGAUCUAUAUAUAUUCUAAAUGCUGGAUAAUUGGCUAAUUAUAUUGUCUGAUAACAUGAACUCUGAGCUCGGAAACACUUUACUGUCUCUUUGCUUUGUAUAACAAAGCUCAUUCCACUACUGAUUCCAUUUCAAAAAUUGAUUGUUUUAAAAUGAAUUGUAAAAUAAUUGCAACUGUUGUAAGUUUUUACGAUUUAUAUUUCCAGCGGGUUAGGCGUAUUAGUAUUGAUCGUACUUGGCUUAUCAUGCCUUGACCAUGUUAUUAGUUCGAAACUAACCCAGCUCUCUACUUUAGUCUGUUAUUAUCCUUAAGAUUUACUUUUCAUUUGGUUUAGAUGACCAUUUCUAAUUAGAAUAUUUUGGUUAAGACUAACUCUGUCGUCUACGAUGAGGAUGAUAUUCCACGUCACUAAAUCAUUACGAUGCUUUUUGGGUUGUGGCGUUAAACGGGGGUAGCGUUAAUCAAAUGUCUGACUUUUCCCCAACUAAUGUCAAGUACCCAUUAGAGCUGGGUGGACUCGGAGGCGCCCUCCGGAGGCCAAAAUUAAACAUCUUAGCCUUCAUCCAUAUUCGAACUCGGGGCCCUUAGGUUCGGAAGCCAAUCGCUCUACCUCUGAGCCAUCGCGUCUCCUUCUAAAAGAAAACAUUUUGAAAAAUAAAAAAUAGUUGGAUGCUGACUCAUUGAUUUUAAAUUGAGUGACCGUGUAUUUACAUAAGUUUCUAAAUCCUCUUAAAAUUCACACUCGAAAAUUUAGGAAGAAUACCAUUACUAGUAUAUGGAAAAGUAGCAAACUUGUCGAUUAUUCAGUUGAGCCCCAGAUUUAAUAGCAAUGUUUAGAUAUAAUAGAUCUAGACCCUUCAAACUUAGAACUAUAGCGUCUGUACAGGUGGAUACUAUAUUGAGACGCGUACUAGAAAUAGAGCUUAAUAAAGCCUCCUUCUUUAUUCACUGUUCCUUUUAUUCAGCCAUUGCUUGAAGUAUUCAAACACUUAGUAACCAAUUGUUUUCUUUGAAAUGUACAUAUAUAUUUGUAAUACACUGUCAGGGAAAUAUGGGCACAUGCCAUACAAUAUAACUAUAGUUUUUUACUGCUCCCAUCUGCACCCACCCCUUUCAUAAUCCAAUGUGGUACAGUUCUUCACCAAAGAAAGCCUCAAAGUCCUAGCACCGUAAAGAGAAGGGAUUUUGGCAACACAUCUUUAGUACAUCAAAAUCAAAUUUCCUUUCAAGAAUGUCAAUUUCCGAUUGCUAAGAAUCUCAAUAUAUUUUGAAGACCUUACUAUUAAAGGUUGUGUAGCUCAGAGUUCUGAAAAAAUGUCAUCAUAUUUUAUGGCUCCCUGUACCAACACGGAUUGUAUUACAGAAUUGUGAUUGCGUAAUAUGUAAAUGCUAGUGUAACAUCAAUGAUUUUACAGUGAUUUUAACAUUUAGAUUAUGGUAUGGUUUUGAUAGUUUUUCUAGUAGGGUUAUAUAAGAUUAUAGAACUUAAGGACUUAAAGUUUAGAGUUUACACAUUUUAUUAUUUUCUUAUACAUUAAAUUGAAGAAAAAAAAAAGAAUUGCUCUCUCCAAAUGUUUCCAGUCAAGCUCAAGCCAGUGUGUUUUCAACAAUAUUGAAAUCUUGUCUAUUAAAGUUCUUGCUAUCUUU